UAUAAAAAAAUCGAAAUAGGGGAGGGGACCACUUCUUAAAAAGCACAGCGAUCGAAUGUCCUUGAUACACACCGCUCUCUUACAAGUUAGAUAUUGGGUUUUGGACAAUGGAGUAAUUUCAGCUUUUGAAUUGGAAAAUGCAGAGUUCAUUUGUUGAGCGUCCUCAAUUUAAACAUCUCUGCAAGAUAGUUUAGAAGAUAUGUUGCUCAAGUCCUCUGUAUACAGUCUUCCACCCCAAUACUGAUCGUAAUUGAUAUCUGUACGGUGUCGAUUCACCUCCAGCCCGCCACCGCGAAGCUUAAAAUCUUGCAGCAGUUCUUAACCCCAAAGUCAGGGCUCCCUGACGUUCGCUAUUUUGGAAACAUGCUGAUUUCUAAAAAUAUUUAAAUGGCGCCGUCUGGCUCAGGGCGGCGGUUCUUUGGAUUGGAAGGGAGAGUGGGUGCGGGUGACAAUUGAACAGUGCUGUUGACUUGUACCAGCGGUCAGUACCCAAUCACUGUCCAGACUUCAUAUCUAUACUGCCCACUCAGGAGAGCUACCAGAGGCUGCCAGGCAGAGGUGCAGCCACAUAGAGGAGGAAAUGUCAGGGGCAAUUCUGGGAUUUCUCGUGCAGCAAGGAACUCUCCUCACUUCCCUUUCCUGCGGGUCCCCUUGGAAUUGUUAUCCCAGUAAGUAAUUUACUUUUGGGAAUGGGGAGAGGGAAAAAUUGGCUAGGCGGGGGGAAGUGGUGGAACUCGGUCUGGAAUGCAUUCACCGGACCAUUGUCUAUGGUGAUAAAGCCGCCUUUGCAUGAAAACCUUAUGACAGCGCUUUGCAUUCUGGUCUCCGUUCAGCUGAACAUCGCCUGAGGGAUCAUUGUGCACUGUUCACUUGCCAGCCUCUUGCCAUCCCCUAAGAGAUUGGUUGUCUGCCUGUGCAUUUAAAUUGCAGGCCCACUUCACAGCCAGACCACCAUGUUCCACCGACUCACCAGCCUUUUCUAUGGGGAAACAGAGGAGGUCUGCACCCAGGGUCCUGAUCCUAGUUUGACUGAAAAGGAGGAUGACGGCUGGCUAAUUGUUGACUUUCCAGAUGAUUGCACUACCCCCUCAAGUGAAGAAGCGGAGGUGAAGGCAAAUGCUGCUGUGCCCAGCUCUUGCCUUUCAGAUGAGUCCCCUCCAUCAGCCUCUUCUUCUCUUGAGUCUCUCUGUCACUGUGGAAGCAGCUCUAGUCCUCCACAGUCUUUACCCUGCACUUUGGAAGAGAGUUGGUUUGUCACCCCUCCCCCCUGUUUUACUGCAGAAGGCCAGGAUGAAGUCCAAGUGGAGAGCAGCCCCUUGGAGAACCUGCUCAUUGAGCACCCGAGCAUGUCUGUCUACGCUGCCGGCAAUACCAAUAUCAGCACACUGGAGGAGGAUACCAGUGAGGAAAUCAACGAUGGAAAUGCAACUCCGACCCGGAUGGAAAGGUGGGCUGCUCCAGCUCCUGCAGCAGCUGUCGGCCGAGCGAGUAUCCUGGAGAAGGCGAGUCAGGUCCGCCGGGUCCAGCGAGCGAAACAACGGGUUGAAAAGCGCCAGCUGAGCCGUAACCGCAUUCAAAGGCAGAACCUCGCGAGGGAGUGCCGCUUCCAUUGGACCAAGCACCACGGCAGCUUUGUGUACCAGCCGUGCCGACGCCAGUACAACUACUAAAACCAAUUCAGGAAAGCAACGAAAUGAGGAGGGGUCAGUUAGACGGCAUUUAACGAUGAGUUGGACAAACUGUGCAUCUUGCCGCACACGUUUUUUUUUAAACUUAGCUGGCCUUCUGGUUCUAAGCGUAGCUUUUUUAAAAUAAAAGUCGUUCCAUGCUCCGACUAGGACACAUCAUUUGGGACCUUUUCUUUUUUGUUUCCUUUCCUGUGUCUUCACGCUUAAGUCACUUUUUUUUAGGAAUCUUUAAAUGAAUUAGAUCCUUUUGCUUUCCUUCCUAUUUAAGCCUCAGUUACAUGUGGUCGGUAGGUCAUUGUGGUGCAGUGCUUGCUUUAGUCACUUUAAUGCAUUUCAGGAAAAUUGUGCCGGUGGAAAAAGUAAAGGAAGUAGCGAACCCACGACCAGGUGAACCUAUUACAGCUUGCAGCAGUCGGCAGGGUGGAUACGAUUGGCCUGGCAUGGUUUGUUUGCAGUCCAGAUCCUAGACCACUAGGAUGUUUAUCGAAACCAAGCGGGUCAACCAUUUUCAGUUUAAAUCAAUGUCACAAACAUCACGGGGAGUGGAGUAAAAUGAAUGCUGCUGUCCUUACCAACCUUUUUUUUUAAUCAGUUUAUAAAGAAUUGUUUGAUCAGGUCACGGGUACUUAGAAUAGCAUCAGCUUUUGAUUUUCUCGCCAGGAAAUUACUUGAGGCUGUAAUAUCCCAAACAGUGACAGUGCAGGUAAGGUUGCGUUUUAUCUGGUGUUUACGAUCCUCACCGGCUAUGCUGCUAAACCCUCUUAAUUUAUUGCUGAAUUGUUCACCCUGGUCGUCAACUCCUCCUGUUGGUCUUGUUGCCAACUCCACUCACUGACUUUGCUCUCAGCCUUGUUGCCAUCAGUAAUGUUGAGUCAAAUCUGGUGGAAGGAUAUAUUUCUUGGCCUGGGUUAGAGUUAGGCUUGACCUUGAAGGUCGAGGUGACCUGACGGUGAGGCUGUGACUUUGUUUUAGGGGGUGCAGUUUUUUUCACUGAAGGGGUUUAAUUUUGACGGUGGAGAGUCUGGAUUAAGUUAAUUUAAUUUGCCAGAAAGAGAGGUAUUAUUGUGUGAUUAUAUUUGAUGCUUCCCUUCCAAGCCUUCUUGCUGCUCUGUCUUGCUGCUUAGAGUAAAAGAUUGCAGACUUAGGUCUGAAACUUUUGGUUGGGUUAAAGUUACAUGAUCAAAAAUAAGAGGGGAGUGUAAUUUACCCCUUUUUUUAAAAAAAGUUCCUCUUUAAUCAAUAUUUGGGAAAGCAUUUCAUCCAUAAGCUCAUUUCCAUAUUCAUAUUUUCAUAAAUUUGAGGUGUGUAUGUGUAUUCCUCCUGUCAGGAAAUGCAGCAGAAUCUUUACCUUACUAAAAGUGAUCCUUUAAUGAAGAAAGAAGGUCAAAAAUAUUAGCUCCCUUUCUUUUAUAAACUUUAAAAAAAAAUAUAAGCCAACUAAUUUCUGAUGUCAGGGUAGGGUAGUGCAGUGCCUCUUUUUUACUGGACCAGUAAUCCACAAAGCGAGAGAGAGUUCAAAUCCAAACAUAACAGAUCAAGAUUUUGAAUUCACUUCUUUAAAAAAUAAAAAACUGUUUCCAGUAAAAAAAUUACCUCAACUGUCAGAUUAUCAUUUUAAAACUCAACUAGUUUACUAAUGUCCUUCUAUGGGAAGGAAACCUGCUAUCCUUACCUGGUAUGGCCUGUGUCAUACGAUGAAUAAUUUCGAAAUAAAUUUGCAUGGCUAUAGGGAUAGGGUGGGGGGAAUGAGACUGACUGGAUUGCUCUUCAGAGAGCUGGCAUGGAAUAGAUGGGCUGAAUGGUGACCUGAGCUGUUAUGACUUCAUAUAUGACUCCAGUUUCACACUGAGACUCUUAACUGCCAUCUGAAGUGACCCAACAAAGCCAGGCUCAAAGUGAAAUUCCAAUUUGAAACCUUUAAUGCUUCAAGAAGGUGAUCCAGCAUAAGCUUUGUAAACCCAUAUGGAUUAGACACUAAAAUGCAGACUUGCCAGUAAUGCCCAAAUCCUAAGAAUUGAUCUUUUUUUAAAAAAAGUAUUUAUACUGGAAAGGGACAACCAUUAUGAUACUUGAGAUUGUACUUUUUUCCUUUGUUUAAAAAACGUAGUAGGUUCUCAGUAGGACUAGUUUUGACUUUACUCCUUCCCAAGGAUGAAAACUCUAGGCAUCCACAUUUGAAUUGUUUCCCAGUUUGAGGUUCUUUAAAUGGGAGAACAUGGAUUUGCUGUUUGUCCUCAAUUCCUUGUCUUGAGUGCAUUUGAUCUCCCCUCUCCUGUUAUAAAAGUUCCCUGCCUAAAAAUUGUGCUCAAAUUACCUUUUUAAUCUCAAAACCAGUCACUCUUGCUUGGAAGCAUAAACAUUUUUAUCCUCAGUUGUAUUUUUCUUUUAAAUCUGAAAAACCUUGCCCAUACAUAGAAACUUCCCCUUGUACAGUUGUGACUUUUUAAAUUAAUCUAUGGGAUGUAGUCAUCCCUGGCUAGGCCAGCAUUUAUUGCCCGUCUCUUUGCACGUCAGAAGGUGGUGAGUUGCCUCCUUGAACCACUGCAGUCCAUGUGGUGUAUGUACAUCCACAGUGUUGUUAGGUAGGGAGUUGGGAGGAUUUUGAUCCAGCUGUCCAUGUGGAAAUUAGGUGUCUGGACCUGACUGGUAGCAUUGCACUGUACAGUGCAUUUAUAGAGCAUCAGCAUAUUUCACCACUGUGCUACUCACAAAUGAACAUGUUUUUGUAUCUAAUCACUGAACAACAAAUCUGUUUUACGUGGAUCUAUUUCAGGCCAAAUUCAUUGAAAGAUGUAACCCACACAUAGUUAAACCAGACACAUCAAAUGAAGCUUAGUCCGAGGAAGGUAAACACUGAAAUAGGAACAAAAUAUUCCUUUCACUUCACUUUAGCUACACUAGGCACCUAAUUCCCCUCAAUGAAGGUUAUUUAAACUUUGUAUUUUUAAAAAAAAGACAUCUAAAAUGAACCAAUAUUGAGGUACUGAGUUCUUGUGAAGGUUCACAUCUUGUACUGUGAUAUUUUGCCUCUUCAGGGUGAUCAAACUGCCAUAGAGUGCCAGCAAUUUGUUUUCUUAAUGAGCAGCAUUUCUUUCCCUUGCCCAGCCUUUGGUCUUUUUUUUUAAUAAGCUACUAUAGCUGCUCCACAACUUGCCCCAUCCCCACCUUCACUCCACUUUUGAACUUGUCACCAAUACUAAUGAUGUGUAUCUCAUUUCCUUUCCUUCCCCUAAGGGUUAAUUACCUCCAGUUUCAAGUUGACAUGUCAGCGGGGAUGGGUGGGCAAGGGUAGGAGAAACUUAGUACUGGUGAGUGAAAAUUGAGGGAAAUCCUUUGGUACUAAUUAUGUAAGUUGUACUUGUAAGAUGCUGUGAUAAAUAUACACACUGCACUGUACCUACACUAGUGUAACUGGGGCUUUCAACAACAAUUUGUAUCUACCUACUAACUUAUACUGAAUGCCUUGCUAUAAAAGAAGGUCCUGACACUACAGUCUGACUUCCGGAUUAACCAAGUGUGGUGCUGAACUAAGAAAUAUACAACUUUAUUUUGUAACUGAAAACAUGUAAGUUUGUGGACAGUAUUAUCUGUUAAAUACAACAAAAGAACAUUUAGAAAUAUAUGCUGUGCUGUUGAGACCAGUGUUCCGAGGUAGAAUUGCUUGUCAGUGACUGGGAUGAGAGUGUUCUGCUGAUGUGUAUGUUUUGUUCGAUUUAUUUAAGGAUAUAUGUGAUAUGUGAGCUGCAGUUUUCCUUUCUAAACUAGACAGCGCAGACUCUCUCAGGGACAAUAUGUCACAAUGCAGUGUGUUUUUUUUUUAAUUCAAAAACAAGAUAAGAUCCUUAUUGAAUAAAAAGCUUCUGAGGCUUUGAUGCCUACUUAGUUUGACCUUUUUCUGGUUUAUGUUCAUUACAAGGUGACUAAUUUCAGGGUGGCUAAUAAAAGGAUUAUAGUAACUUUUUAAAAAAAAAAUACUUGCUCUCAGGAUGAAGAUUGCUCAUUUUCAAAUAAAGCAGCUUCAUCUAAUGUAACAUUUUAAUUCUCCAUCUUGUGAUAUUUUGAGAAUCCUGAUUUAAGAUAGAUGAAUGGUUUUCCAGUCUGUCAUAUUGCAGUGUAACAACUCCUUUUGUACUUGAACAUUUUAAACAGAGAAGCCUCUAUCUUUUGUUUUACAUUGAUAUGCUUUCAUUCAUUUAAUGCAGAGUUCUGUUUAAUUUGCAAAAUACUUUAAUGUAUCCAGCAACUGUUUCACCUACUUAACAGGAUCAAUCUCUCCAUGAAUUCAUGAUCUUCAUUAGAAUUGAGUCUGAUCCCCAAACUACAUCUCAUUAAGGAGUUAAUGUUUGCUUAAGGAUUGAUCCUUUGUGUAUCACUUUCAAAAAUAUUCUUAGCCUGGACUUUUAAAGCAAUACUUUUCUGGGGGAGUUAAGCUGACAUUCAAAUGGUAUUCCCUGCAGUUCCAUUUUUCUUUCUCUCUCUCUCUCUACACCCCCCCCACCCCCACACCCCAUUACAAUUGUGGUUUUGAAAUGUAGUCUAUUAACUCAAGUAGUUGGAUUAUUCAAGUUUUAAAAGCAAAAAAAAAACUUAAUUUCAGAAGCAGACUAAUUUCAAAAUCUGAGAAUGUUACAGCAUUGAAAUGGUACAUUUUAAUCCAUCACAUCUGUGCUAGUAUUUUCUCCAGAUGGGUUACCUAGUUUAAUCCUAUGCUCUUGUUUGCUUUCCAUAUCUUCUUAGAAUAUUUUCAAAAGGAAAUUUCCUUUGUGUAAUAUUCUUCCACUUUCCCCUCCCCCUGCCCACAUAUUGAUAUUGCACAGCUAUAGUAUUAAAAUAUAAAAGGUUGCACUUGUUUCAUAAGCACCACCUGCUGGACAUUCAACACUAUUGCCAGAUUCCAAUUCAAGUGUAUUCGGGUGAAACAUGGUACUGAAGGGUGGUGUCUUUUUAAAUUUUGUAGUUCUAUACAUCAUUCUGCAUAUUUUACUGAGCAGCUAUAGUCAUCCGGCCACAUUUUUUGUAAUAACACAAGGUUCCUUGCUCUAAUUACAAUACACUGUAUAGUGGUAGAGUGUGUGUGUGUGUGUUACCAGAUAUAAAAUAUAUUUAAAAAUAGUUAUAUGGCUUGUAUUCAUCAGUAACUUACCUCUCAUUAUGUAUUAAAUUGACUGUGUAUGUGCCUUCCACUUGGGGAUGGUGUGAUGGGUUUUUAAAUUGUGUAUGUAUAUAAUAUUUAAAAAAAAAUGGAGACUUGAGUGGUAACAGUAAAGUCCUAUGCAAAAAAAGGCAGCUUGUUUUUCUUUUGGUCUUUCAUAACUGUUUUCAAUUACUGGAAGUAUGAAAUGUAUAACUGGAUUAUGGGUGGAAAUAGUGCUUCAAAAUUAAUACUGUCAUAGCCAAUUGAUGAUGACUGUGGGAAUUUCAUUAUUUUCAUAAAAUUCACUUUUUCCAAA